AUGGAAUUAUUGAUGUGUCACAGUGCGGUUGUGGAAGGAAGAAAGAAAGUCCAUUCCUCCUCUCCACACCCAAGCGUCUAUUUUCAUAGCAGCUCAUCAACACCAAACCACCACUACUCCGGCGAGGCGAGGCGAGGCGACCGGCGGAGUGUUGUGUCUGUCUGCAGAGAGAUGGAGGUGGCCCUCGGCUCGGCCAAGUCGCUCCUCGGCAAGGUGUUGACGACGCUGUCCGACGGCCUGGUGGCGGCGUACGUGGACAGCCUCCAGCUGGGCCACAACUCGGAGCAGAUCAGGGACAAGCUACUGCACACGCAAGGCCUGCUGCACAACGCCCAGGGGAGCCACGCCGGCGGCGACAACCCCAACCCUGGCCUGCAGGGGUUGCUGGAGAAGCUGAGCAGGGACGCCGACCAGGCAGAGGACUUGCUGGAUGAGGUCCACUACUUUCAGAUCCACGACAAGCUCCACGGCACCCUCUACGCCACCACCCAAGAGGCCGGCCAUCAAGCUCUCCAUGCUGGUACUGCUCUUCGCCACACCCUAGGCAGCUUGGUCCACUUCUUUUCUUGCUCCCGUACACCCAAGACCAAGAGGGAUGGAGGUAGUGAUGCCGCUGCUGCUGUUACCAGCCGCAUCACCAAAAGGUCCAAAGCCAACUCUGCUACUGCUCAUGCUGAUGACAUGCUGCAUUUCGACCGAUUGUCCAUGUCCAGCAAAAUCAAGUCCCUGUUACUGGGCAUGGAGUCCCACUGUGACUCCGUCUCCAGUUUGCUCAUCGGCGGUAUCCCAAGAAACAGCACGGCAGUCGUCCUACAUCGGCCUCAGACUGCUUCCAUGAUUAUACAAGACACAUUGUAUGGCAGGACGGGCAUUUUUGAGGAAACUGUCAACCGUAUCACCACUGGUACGCAGACCGAGACUGUUUCUGUUCUUCCUAUAGUUGGUCCAGGGGGUAUUGGCAAGACAACUUUCGCCCAACAUCUGUAUAAUGAUGGCAGGACUGAAGAGCACUUCCGAGUCAGGGCCUGGGUAUGUGUAUCCACUGAUUUCGAUGUGCUUAAGCUCACCAGGGAGAUCCUUGCCUGCAUACCCACAAAGGAUGAAGAAGGAGGAAGCAGCAGUGUUGCAAAUGAAACAACCAAUUUAGAUCAUCUUCAGAGAUCCAUUGCGCGCCGUCUCAAGUCCAAGAGGUUUCUAAUUGUCUUGGAUGAUAUAUGGAAGUGUGACAGUGUGGACCAGUGGAAAACCCUGUUAGCUCCGUUCACAAAGGGGGAAACCAAAGGAAGCAUGCUACUUGUCACAACCCGAUUCCCAAAUCUGGCAAAAAUGGUGGGAACGGUUGAUUCACUAGAACUGGCAGGUUUGGAGCCUAAUGACUUCUUCACAUUCUUUGAAGCAUGUAUAUUUAAUGGUGAAGAAGACAAACCUGACCAUUACGAAGAUGAGUUUGAUGGUAUUGCACGAAAAAUUGCAAACAAGCUAAAGGGUUCCCCAUUGGCAGCCAAAACAGUUGGUAGACUAUUGCAUAAGCACCUUUCUCAGGAACACUGGAAUGGAGUUCUUGAAAAGCAUCAGUGGCUAAAGCAGCAAAGAAGUGAUGACAUCAUGCCAUCUUUAAAAAUUAGCUACGAUUGCCUCCCUUUUCAUCUGAAGAAAUGCUUUUCCUAUUGUGGCCUUUUCCCUGAAGAUUAUAGGUUUACUUCUUCAGAAAUCAAUCAUUUCUGGGAUGCAAUGGGCAUCAUAGACUCUAAUCACCAAGCCGGCAGGGAUUGCUUGGAAGAACUAGUGGACAAUGGUUUUCUCAUGAAGGUAUUCGACUGGGCUGAUCGAUCCUCCUAUGUAAUGCACGAUUUAAUGCAUGAGCUAUCUAAGAGUGUUUCUGCACAAGAAUGCCUCAGUAUAAGUGGCUUAGAUUUCAGAGCUAAUGCCAUCCCACAAUCGGUACGACACUUAUCUAUCAACAUAGAAGGCAAAUAUGAUGCAAAUUUUGAGGAAGAAAUGUGUAAACUAAGGGAGAGGAUAGACAUUGCUAAUUUGCGGACUUUGAUGAUUUUUAGAGGAUAUGAAGAAAGGAUCGCCAAGAUUUUGAAAGAUAGCCUCAAGGAAAUAAAUAGUCUGCGUGUCCUAUUUAUAGCAGUGAACAAUCCAGAAUCUUUUCCACAUAGAUUUUCAAAACUUAUCCACCUCCAGUACCUCAAAAUUAGUUCAUCUCACAAUGACAGGGAAAUGAGGUUACCUAGUACACUAUCAAGAUUUUAUCACUUGAAGUUCUUGGACCUAGAUGGUUGGAAUGGUCAUUCUGAUUUGCCUGAAGACUUUAGCCACCUUGAGAAUUUACAUGCUUUCCAUGCUACAAGUGAACUCCACUCCAAUAUUCGCAAUGUCGGAAAGAUGAAGCAUCUGCAGGAGCUAAAAGAAUUCCAUGUCAAGAAUGGGAGCAUGGGAUUUGAGCUGUCAGAACUUGGGGCAUUGACAGAGCUUCAAGGAGGACUGAUUAUACGUGGUCUUGAACACGUGGCAAACAAGGAGGAAGCUACUGCAGCCAAGCUGAAGUUGAAAAAGAAUCUGAAGGAGUUGGAAUUACUCUGGGGCAGAGAUGGACCAACUACAGAUGCUGAUAUCCUUGAUGCUCUUCAACCACACUCGAAUCUUAGAGCACUUACAAUUGCAAAUCAUGGUGGUACCGUUGGUCCUAGUUGGUUGUGUCUUGACAUCUGGUUAGCAAGUUUAGGGACUCUCACUCUAGAAGGCGUAUCUUGGAGCACCCUCCCACCUUUUGCGAAGCUACCAAAUCUCAAGCGACUCAAAUUGAAGACAAUUUCUAGAAUGCAGCAGUUUGGGCUUCGAUGUGGUGGCGCUCCAGGGAAAUGUUCUAUGCGCUUGAACAAAGUCGAGUUUUAUGAGAUGCCGGAACUUGCUGAAUGGGCUGUGGAACCUAAUUGCCAUUCCUUAACAAGUAUUGAAGAAAUCAUAUGCAUCGAUUGUCCCAAUGUCUGUGUGAUGCCCUUCUCGGAGGUUUCUUGCACCAAUUUGCGCAGACUUCAAGUUUCCGGGUGCCCAAAGAUGUCUCUGCCCUCCAUGCCUCACACCUCCACACUGACAGAUUUGGAUGUUAAAAGAGGUGAUUCAGAAACGUUGUUGUCUUAUGAUGGAAAACUAUUGGUUGUUGGAGGGUAUGGCGGUGCUUUGGCCUACCACAAUAUGGAUAAACUAGAAGAUAUGGCUAUUGAAAAUGUAUCGUGCAUAUCAAUGCAGUUCCCAUCAUCCAGCUCACUGCAGAAACUUAGCUUUAGAGACUGCAAGGGCCUGGUUCUUGUGCCUGUGGAGAAUGGAGGAGAAAUUCAGGAGGACAACUCAUUGCUCCAAUCAAUAACAAUAUGGGGAUGUGGCGAAUUGUUCUUUCGGUGGCCCAUGGCCACGGGAGAAUCAGAGACCAUUUACCCUUUCCCUGCUCCCCUGAGGAAACUUGAUGUUUGGGGCGAGCAAAGCAUGAAGUCGAUGGCUCUGCUCUCAAACCUCACGUCUCUCACCAGUCUAAGCCUAAUAAGUUGCGGUAAAUUAACGGUGGAUGGGUUCAAUCCUCUCAUCACAGUCAACCUCAAAGAAUUGCAAGUUACCAGCAGCAGCACCUUAGCAGCAGAUCUGCUCUCAGAGGUGGCAAGGACCAAAUUAUUGCCUGCAGGUUACAUGUCUAGAUUGGAGAAGCUCAUUGUGGAUAACAUCUGUGGAUUGCUUGUUGCUCCUAUUUGCAGCCUCCUCGCCCCGAGCCUCCACACACUUGAAUUCCAGUAUGAUGGGAGGGUGAAAAGCUUGACGGAGGAGCAAGAGAAAGCGCUGCAGCUCCUCACCUCCCUCGAGAAACUACAUUUUCUCUGGUGCUAUGGUCUGCAGUCCCUUCCUCAAGGGUUACAUCGCCUUUCUUCUCUCAAGGAGUUACAUGUCGUUGGGUGUCUGAAAAUCCAGUCGAUGCCCAAGGAGGGCCUCCCGGUUUCGCUGCGAAAACUAGAGAUGAAUUGGCGCAGCGCUGAGAUAGACGAGCAGAUUGAGAAAAUCAAAAGAACCAACCCACAUUUAUCCGUCGAAGAAUAA